AUGUCUAGAUCAUUGGGUACAACACCUAUCCCUGGGCAGGGCAUGGCCCAGUUCACCCAGAAGAACAUAAUGGGGACACUGUUUGAAACUACAGAAAGGUAUCAACAUUUGGAGCCUGUUGGUAUGGGUAUCUCUGGACUUGUUUGCUCCGCCCGAGACCAAAUUGGGCACCAAACUGUUGCAGUAAAGAAGUUGUGCGAACCCUUCAAGACAGACAACAUUGCAAAACAUAUGUAUCGUGAGGUCAAAUUAUUGAAACAACUUCAACAUGACAAUAUCAUUCAUUUAAACGACAUUUUCAUAUCUCCAUCUGAAGAAAUUUAUCUCGUCACCGACCUGAUGGCGACAGAUCUCCACACUCUUUUGGAAGCAAAGAAAGUCGACAAUCAAUUUACGCAAUACUUUUUAUAUCAGAUAAUGCGAGGUCUCAAAUACGUCCACUCAGCCGGUGUCGUCCAUCGUGAUCUCAAACCAAGCAACAUCCUAGUCAACGAAAACUGCGAUCUCAAAAUCUGUGACUUUGGAUUAGCCCGGGUACAAGAAUUACAAAUGACAGGUUACGUCGCGACGAGAUACUACCGAGCACCAGAGAUCAUGCUCACGUGGAGGCGAUACAACGAGAAAGUCGAUAUCUGGAGUGCUGGAUGCAUCUUUGCCGAAAUGAUGACGGGUCGACCACUGUUCUUAGGGAAGAAUCAUAUUGACCAGUUCUGUGUUAUCACGCAGCUUUUGGGGAAUCCACCGGAUAAUGUUGUUGCCAACAUUACAAGUCAAAAUACUUUGAAUUUUAUCAGAUCUCUUCCUAAGAGAUCUCGUAAAUCUUUAGCCACUCUUAUCCCCACGGCUAGCAGAAAAGCGAUCAAUCUACUGGAUAAGUUACUCCAAUUCGAUCCACAGAAACGCUGUUCUGCCGUCGACGCACUCGAAUCCCAAUACCUUGCUCCAUAUCAUGACCCUGAGGAUGAGCCUGAGGCACCACAAUCUUUUGACUGGUCAUUCCUGGAAGCCGAUCUUCCUGCAGAUGUCUGGAAGACUAUCAUGUACGCGGAGGUAUUAGGUUAUCAUGAGAAAUCCGGCGCGCCGUUCCAGUUGACUGCGCCAUUUGAUGGCAUGGACUUAGGUUGA